UACAGAGAGAGAGAGAGAGAGAGAGAGAGAGAGCGCGCGUGCGGAGGAGGAGGAGGAGGAUGGUGAUGGUGAUGAUGAUGAACGGGACGGGUUCGUACGGAGCGGGCCGAACCGGGGCGGAAUUCGACCCCAUCACCUUCGCCAAAAGACCGCAGACCAUCUUACGAUUCCUGGCCUGGAUUUUCUCCAUGGUGGUGUUCGGCUCGAUAGUAAACGAAGGCUACGUGAAUAUGGGCAGCGAGCGCCUGCAUUGCGUGUUUAACAAAAACGAGGACGCCUGCAAUUACGGCAUCAUUAUCGGAGUGUUGGCGUUUUUAGCUAGCCUUUGCUUCCUGGCUCUGGACGUCUACUUCCCUCAGAUCAGCAGUGUUAAGGACCGGAAGAGAGCCGUGCUACUGGAGAUAGGCUUUUCAGGACUUUGGGCAUUUCUCUGGUUUGUUGGAUUUUGCUUCCUGGCCAAUCAGUGGAGUCGCACCUCGCCUAAAGAGCUGCCACUGGAGCAGGCGUCAGACGCGGCACGAGCCGCCAUCGCCUUCUCCUUCUUCUCCAUUCUCACCUGGGCGGCGCUGACGUUGUUCGCAGUGCAGAAAUUCCUGCUCGGAACCGACAUGACGCUCUUCACCUCCGCCGACGUCCCCAAACAGCCGUAUCCGUCCAACGACGCAAUCCACCAGACCACCAUAGACAAGAGCCCGACGCUGAUCGAGACGGUGGAGACACGCCCACCCGGGUACCAGAUCCCGCCCGCUUUUUAAUCUCUUAGCCAAUGAGAAGAGAGGAGGCCGGAGUGGACAGAGUGGCCUCCUUCGUAGGUUCAGUACCAGUACUGUUUUCAGCGCAAACUAGUCGACUUCCCCUUCGCUAAUUCUGGGGGAAUCCACGCUAACACUCCAUCACACCUUCGACAGCGGAAAGGACGAAUUACGCAAACAAAGAGCAAUACGAUAUUUCUAAAAUAUAGCAUGUAAUUUGCUACAUUCAGAUUGGGUUUGGUCUAGUGAACUAGUUCAGUGCUUUAUUAAUUUAUCUAAAUAACAUGCUAGCCAGCUGUUAAACUAGUAACGUAUAACGAUAACCAGAUAACUAGAUAGCAAAUAAGCUACGUAGCACACUUGCUAGCUAGUUAGAUAAAUUAAUAAAGUGGCAAACUACUAUCAAGUACAUAAAUAACUUAAUGAAGCACUACUACUAACUAGUAGUCAGUAUUUUUUGAAAAGAUAGUGUAUGAUCUGCUAGAUUAAAAUUGGGUUUGUUGUAUUUAACUACUUUAUGGUAGUUUAGCACUUUUUAAAAAAAAUUAUCUAGUAGUUUAGUACUUUAGUAAUGUGUUCAACUACUUAAUUUAGUACCUUUUUAAAUUUAUGUAGUAGUUUAGUACUUUAUUAAGUUAUGCAGUAGUUUAGUACUUUAUUAAGGUGUUUAAUUACUUAGUUUAGUACUUUUUUAAAUUAAUCCAGUAGUUUAGUACUUCAUUGAGGUGUCUAACUAGUACUUUUAAGGCAUCUAACUACUCUGUGGUAGUUUAGUGCUUAUUAAAGUAUCUAACUAGUACUUUUAAGCUAUCUAACUACUCGGUGGUAGUUUAUUGCUAAAUUAACGUGUUUACUAUAUGCUAGUUUGCUAUAUUAUUUUGUUAUCUUACUACUUCUCUAGUUCUUUACAAAGUUAUAACUAUACUCUAUAGCAGUUUCAGGCUUUAAGUUAGUUUAUUGUUUUAUCAAGGUCUCUAACUACUCCGUGGUAGUUUAGUGCUUUAUUAAGUUAUCUGACUAACAUGCUAACCAGUUGGCAAACUAGUAACUUAUUAAUUAGAAUCUAGAUAGUACAUAAGCUAUUUAGAGCACUUGGUAGCUAGUUAGAGAGCAUAAAAAUGUAGUAAAUUACCAUAGAAUUCUUAGAUAACUUAAUAAAUUAGCAUUUGAAAAAAAUAUGUUAGAUUAAAGUUCAGUUUGGCCCAGUAAAAUACUCUGUGGUAGUUUAGUACCGUUAGUACCGAAUUCAUCUUACUAACUAGCAUGCUAGCCAAUUGUCAAAACCUAUAAUGAGAGCUAGUUAGUAAAGAAGCUACGUAGCUAGUAGCUAGCUCGUUAGCCAGCUUUUUAUUCUCUAUAUUGUUUAACAAAAAAAAGAACUACAGUAAAGGUACAGUAAGUACAAAUAGCCAAGGAAAUCACAUCAACUAUGGAGCGUCCUCGCAAAUACACACUCCACGAGGGGGAGUUUGGGUAACACACGCACACACACACACACACACACACACAUACACACACGUGUGUGUGUCUUAGCAUCGGGACGUCGAUGAGGAUGCGUUUAAAACAGUACUGCAAUGCACGAGUAUUGUAACGUUUCCUUUUUUCUUUUUUUUUCGUUACAAGGGCUUGUUUGUUUAAAUUAGGUAUUAAACGUAAUGUAAUGAAAUGAAUUCAUUUGUUAUAAUUAAUAUAUUAAUUCAUAAUAUUUAUAAUAAUUAAUAAUACGAAUUGCAAAUUAGUUUAAUUAGGGUGAGUAACCUCCAGUACAGACCUGAGAAAAAAAAACGCAGCGUAAAUAUAAAGUUAUGAUAUAAAACGCUGUUAUUUUGUGGAAUUUGUUAGUUUCUUAGGCAAAAGUUUCUGAGCAAAAAUGUUAUCAGUGAUGUACUGAUGUGCUCUUCGUGUAUUUAUUUAUUAUUCUUUUAUUCUAUAAAUGCUAAAAUUUGUCAUUUUUUUAUUUAUUGUAUUUAUUUUUAAUAAUAUCUAUCUAUCCAGUGAUACACUUGUAACGCUAAUAUCACUAUAUAUAGUCAGAACUACAACACCCGGAGUCAGUGUGUAUGAGCUGGAGGGGCGGAGCGGCGGCCAUUUUGCACAACGUGUGUAAAAAAAAAAAAAAAACAAGAGGGAAAUGAUGGUGUGAAUCGCCAAUUCGUCAUGCGUGUAUUCACGGAUGACAAAAUGACAUUCCUGCUGAGAGUCCUAAUGAAAGCAUCUCCAACUGUGUGUGUGUGUGUGUGUGUCUGUCGUCGGUCUUACUGCAUGAUAAGACAAACUGUAGAAAUUCCUACUUCCUAAAAACCUUGUUUUAGCAUUUAGAGAGGAGAAGAAACGUGUUCAGUGAAUCUCUGACUGAAUAAACACUCUUUCUGCAAG